UUUCUCUUUGCUCUCAGAAAGAGAAGCUUUUGAUUUGUGUUUUGUGUUUCUUAGUGUGGUAGAGAAUGGAGCUUUUGGGAAAUGGUGGGGCUUCAAGUGAUGAAGCAUCGAAUUCCCGCAGAGGCAACAAAAAAUAUCAUCGCCAUACUAAUGAGCAGAUACAACGACUCGAAGAAUUUUUCAAGCACUGUGCCCACCCGGAUGACAGCCAACGUCAACAGCUGGGCAGGGAAUUGGGCCUUGAACCAAAACAAAUCAAGUUCUGGUUUCAGAACAAAAGAACACAGACCAAGGCUCAAAGUGAGAGAGCAGACAACACUAUUCUUCGCCAAGAUAAUGAAAGGAUUCAAUGUGAAAACUAUGCGAUGAGAGAGGCCUUAAAGAAUGUCAGUUGCCCAACCUGUGGUGGUCCACCGUUUGGAGAAGAAGAGCGGCAGAUCAAUCUGCAGAGCCUUCAGCUGGAGAAUGCCUAUUUGAAAGAAGAGCAUGAUAAGGUAGCCAGCCUUCUUUCCAAAUAUAUUGGGAAACCACUAUCACAAAUUGAAUCGCUUGCGUCUGUAGUUGGAUCCACACUGGAUUUAUCACCAGGAUGUUCGAUCAACCAAGGGAUUAUUGGAAGUCCACCCCUUGAUCUCAAUCUUACCAGUCCUGCAUUUUCUUACCAAUUACAAGAAAUCCCUGAAAUGGAAAAGACACUCAUGGCAGACAUUGCUGCCAGUGCCUUGGAAGAACUGGUCAAACUUUUUCAGAUCGACGAGCCCUUGUGGGUGAAAUCCACAGCUUAUGGACGAUAUUUCCUCAACCGUGGCAACUAUGAUAAGAUAUUUCCAAGAACCAAUCAAUUCAAAACCUCUAGUGCACGUAUCGAAUCUUCAAAAGAUUCAGGAGUAGUGACCAUUAGUGCAGCAACCUUGGUUGACAUGUUCUUAGACUCAAAUAAAUGGGAAGAACUCUUUCCCACAAUCGUUACGAAAGCCAAGACAAUUGAAGUACUUGAAAGUGGAAUGAUAGGAAAUCGGAGUGGUUGCCUACUGCUGAUGUAUGAACAAAUGCACAUUCUCUCACCUUUGGUGCUGCCACGGGAUUUCUACUUUCUUCGUUAUUGUCAGCAGAUGAAGCUAGGCACAUGGGUCGUUGUUGAUGUUUCCCACAAAUUCCCCAAAGAGAGUUCUUCAAAUCAAUCACGAUCUUGGCGGCUUCCUUCGGGUUGUUUGAUCGAAGAUAUGACUAAUGGAUGCUCCAAGGUAACUUGGAUUGAGCAUGUGGAGGUUGAUGACAAGACACAAACUCAUCGGCUCUACAGAGAUCUUAUAUGUAGUAGUGUUGCAUAUGGAGCAGAGAGAUGGAUCAUUACUCUUAAGAGGAUGUGUGAGAGAUUCGAUUGCUUAAUGGAUGAAGUUGAAUCUACUUGUGAGUUUGGAGGAGUGGUAACUUCACCUGAAGGCAAGAGGAGUGUAAUGAAGCUCUCUCAGAGAAUGGUGAAGAACUUUUGUGGAAUGCUGAGCAUGGCAGUUAAACUUGACUUCCCUCAGUUGUCCGAGGUGAACAACAGUGGGGUUCGAGUCUCUGUUCGUAAGAGCGCAGAAUCAGGACAGCCCCAUGGCAUGAUCGUCAGUGUUGCCACUUCUCUUUGGCUUCCUCUACCCUCCGAAACUGUCUUUAACUUCUUCAGAGAUGAGAAAAAUAGAGUUCAGUGGGAUGUUCUGUCUAAUGGAAAUCCAGUGCAUGAGAUUGCAAACAUUUCAACUGGAACGCAUCCAGGAAACUGUAUAUCUGUUAUUCGGCCUUUCAUCCCCACCGAGAAUAACAUGCUGAUGCUUCAAGAGAGUUACACAGACCCUUUGGGAUCCUUAUUCGUAUAUGCUCCAGUCGACGUACCAGCUCUUAACGUAGCAGUAGGCGGCGAGGACUCUUCCAACAUACCUAUCCUCCCAUCGGGGUUUGUGAUAUCAGGCGAUGGCCGUGCUGAAGUAACUGGGGAUUCAGGCCAUUCCACGGCAGGUGGUUCACUUCUCACAGUGGCUUUCCAGAUAUUGGUUUCCAGCCCGUCAACUUCAAAGCAGAUGAACAUGGAGUCAGUGGCAACUGUCAACACUCUCAUCAGUUCCACCGUUCAAAAAAUCAAAGUUGCUCUCAACUGCUCGAGCUUGGAUUAAACUGUUUGCGGUGGAAUUGUAAUUCUUAUGCUAAGAAUAAAACCAGCCGUCGGAGAAGGUUGUGAAAUUUAUUUUUGAAACUGUUUUGAGACUCUGUUUGAAUUUCGUUUUGAAU